AUGAUAUUGAAACACAGAAGUUCUCUGCUGAGAGUGGUAUUCCUAAGAAUUGCUAUUGUUACAUGCUUUAGAGAACUUAAGGAAACAUCAGUUAUUGAAUCUGUUACUCAUGCAUCAAUCCCUAUUAUCUAUACUUGUGCUAACUUUCCAGAGAAUCACCGAGUAAGUGGAAAAUAUGAAAAAAUCCUCUAUCAAGGUACAAAGCAUCAGCCUGUGAAUAUCCAAGAGAAGUCUUAUAAAUGUAAUGAGUUUGGAAAAAUGAUUCAUGAAUCCUCCCAAUGUAUACCUUAUGACACACAUGAUACUGCAGAAAACUGCAGUAAGUGCAGAUAUGGUAAACACAAGGAUGCUUCUGUUGAGUCAUCAUCCAUAAACAGACAUAAAAGUGGGGAUUCUAGAGAAGAACCUUGCAAGUUUAAAAACUGUUUAAAUAUGUUUCCCAUCAUCAAUCAGAAUCAAAGAAUCCAUUCUUGCCUCAGUGUACACCAGAGAAAUCAUUCUGGAGAGAAACCACACAAAUGUAAGGCUUGUGAACCCAUCAAGAGAAUUCAUACAGGGGAAAAACCUUACAAAUGUAGUAAAUGUGAAAAAUGCUUCAUUCAGAAAGCCCAACUUACAAUACAUCAGAGAAUUCACACAGGAGAAAAACCCUACAAAUGCAGUCAAUGUGAGAAAUCCUUUACAUGCUGCUCAGGCCUUAGGAAACAUCAGAGAGUUCAUACAGGAGAAAAACCUUACAAAUGUAGUGAAUGUAAGAAAUCUUUUACCAGUGGCUCAGAUCUUAGAAGACAUCAGAAAAUUCAUACUGGAGAGAAACCUUACAAAUGCAGUGAAUGUGACAAAUGUUUUAUUCAGAAAGUCCAACUUAGAAUACAUCAUAGAAUUCAUACAGGAGAUGAACCUUACAAAUGCGGUAAAUGUGUCAAAGUCUUUACCCACCUCUCAGGUCUAAGAAAACAUCAGAACAUUCAUAGUACUGAAGGAAAGUUUCCAUUAGUAAUGAAUGUAGCACGUGCUUUAUCCAAGUUUUGCCCUUAA